GCGAGCGCCACCCCGCCCGCCGCCUCCCCUUCUCCGUUCCUCCGGACAUCUCCAAUGUUGACGUCUCCAUGGCAACGGCGUCAUCUGACAGCUUUGACACUGUGAAACCGGUGCAAAACAAAGCAUUCUGUUAGAAGUCACGUCCGCUUGGUUCUGCCUGAGGAUCGUAAUGAUUCCUGUUGGUUUGUCUUAACCCCAUCGAGCAGCCAUGUCAAACCUGUCUAACCAAGACCUGGAAGAGGUCAGUUCCACUCAUGAACAUCCUGCUGGGCAAGCAGGCGAUGAAGCCCCCGAAGGCCCCCUGGGUUCCCCACCCAAUCCCCAAACCUCAGCUGAACGGGUUGUCCAUGGUUCGGUCGAACCGGAGGUUCCUUCAGCUCCCCCAGAAGAUGUACCGCCCCAGCCCACUCAAUCAGAAACAGCUUCCACUGCCCCUAGAAAUCCAAGACCAUCCCUGACACAAGUACCUGAGCGCAGCCUUGCGGAGAAUCAACCUGAACCUAUUUCAGUAAAAGAAGAUUCAGUAAAAGAAUUAUUUCAAGCAGUUAAUGAUGAACAUUUUUCAUCCACUAAAAUUGUUGAUAAGCCCUCUGUAAAAUUAGCUAAAGCUAAGAAACGGAAAAAGAAGAAGAAAAAGGGGAAAGGAAAGGGAAAGGGGAAAAAGAAAGGAAAAAAGAAGAAAGGGAAACGUAAAGGAAAGGGCAAGAAGAAGAAGAAAGGAAAAGGCAAGAAGAAAAAGAAGAAAGGAAUAGAGGGAAAGAGCUCAGAACACACUCGAGCACCUUCUGAAAUGGCCACAACACCUACUGGGAGUGACCAUGGUGGUGGUAGCGGAAUGGGAAUAUCUGUUCCUGGAGUUAUGAGAGUCACUCUUGGCACAGAAACCCAACACCACCUUGGGUGUGUUGUUGGCAAAGAUGUCACAGCAGAAUCUCCAUGGGUUUUUGUCAAUAAAUCAUUGAUUGAUGAUAACAUGGAUCUACAUAGCGAAAGCUCAGAUUUUUUACCUGUUCGGGAUGACAUCACAGACUUUAAAUCAGCCACUAUUCUCCUAGGCUAUGAUGCAUUAGCAGAUGCAGACAAUCAGUUUUAUAUUUGUGUGACGGAAACCGCCCAGAAUGCUGUUGUGGAGAUUUUGCAACAAAUGCAAGCGGACCAACAGAAAUGGCUUCAGAAUGCCCUUGAGAAACCAUCAAGAGCUUGGACUUCUUUGGGAAGUGAAGAGGAUGUAGAUUUAUUUACUGUGAAGCAGAGUAGACCUCUUAUGCAAGUGCAAGUUGAAACAACAAUUGGAAACCUUCGGGCACCGUGCAACUUCAGUAAUAGAGAUGUGGAUGAUGUUCCCGAUGGUUACUUUCAAUUUCCUCACAGAGACGAUGUACCUGAACACAUAACAAGAUUACGAAUUGACAAAGGAGUGCAGGUAUCCUUAGAGAAAAUAAAUGUGGAAGCACAAACUGAGCCUGGCAUUCCGGACAACUCGUGGACUCAAUAUGAAUAUUCUGUGGACACAGACACACCAAUACAGGAUGAAGUGGUUGAACAAGCUUUAGCCAAAUUUUUACAAGAUGUUCACAAUGAAGUUUGUGAUGCUUUGCACUACAAUGAGCUUAUGGAUCUUCAUCGAGAUGAUUAUGGCCGCUUGGUUCGUUAUGAGGAGGAUACUGAAACAUCCCAAAGUAUUCAGUACAAUGAAUUCAUGUCCUUUACAGACAUGAAACACUGUCAGGGUAAGAUUGUUUCAUGUGCUGCAUUUCAUCCCACCUGGUCAGGAAUUGUUGCUUUGGCGUAUGUUGACCACAUGAAAUCAGAAGUUUCUGCAGAUGAAGAGGGCCCAGAUGAAGUCAUUCGAAAUGUAUAUGCAAUGCACCCUAUUCUCAUUUGGAGUUUUGUAGAUGCUUUUAGACCCAAGUUGAUUCUUGAUAGUCCUCGGAAAGUCCAAUCUUUGGCUUUCGCCCCUCAAAAUGGAAAUGUGUUAAUAGCAGGAUUGGCCAAUGGCCAGAUUGUAAUUUAUGAUCUUACUGGCAAAAUAGAAAAAGUUGAACAGGAAACUAAAAUGACACCAGACCAAGUGAAGUACAAUGCUGCCAUGACAAAUUUAAUGGACUGGAUGAAAUCAACAAGCAGAAUAGAGUAUCUACAACCCACAGCUGUAUCUGCAAUUGAUGGCUCUCACAUUGACAUGGUUUCACAACUCAUAUGGAUAAGUCCUUCCUGGGAGAUAAAUGCUGCAGGAAAGUUCAUAGCAUGUGAAGAAGGAAAACAAUCUCUCCAGAUUGUCUCCUCAUCAAUAGAUGGGAGUAUUUUAUUUUGGAAUUUGAACCCAAAUGCAAUAAGCAUCCCGGGUGUGACUAGAAAGAGACGUCCCUCAAAACGGCCAACUGGACUCAGAACAGAAAAAUCACCCUUCUCAAAUUUCAAUAGAAAAUUAAAACCAGUUUUCAGGCUUGAAAUCCAGAGUGCAGACGAGAAAAGACUUUCUCUUGCAAUGUGUAUGGCUUUUUAUACACAGUCUGUUCUGUAUGAAGAAGACAUGGAAUUUGGAGCCAAGUUGACUCAAGCACAAAGAGAAAGCAUGACAACAAGAUUCCGGUUCAAACCUGUCUAUCCUCCACCUGAAGUAUCUGAGCAAAAGAAUUCUAUCAUGGUUGGAACUGUGAAUGGAUGUGUCUUAGGCAUCGAGUGGCAAGAAACUGAAGAUAAUUUAACGGACUUCAUCCUUGCCAGAAUGUGUUCCAGUAUUUUAAAAAGCGAGUGUCACACUAGCCCUGUAUUUUGUUUGAAACGGAAUCCUUUUAUAAAAGAUUUGUAUCUAAGCGUUGGGAUCAAGAAAUUUGCCAUAUGGUCGGGAAAAUUGGGGAUGACUCCUCUCCUUUGGCGAUACAAUGAAGAAACUUCAUACUCUGAUGCUUCAUGGUCUCUUCAGAGGCCCAGUAUGUUACAAUUAGUUAGAAAAGAUGGGGUUAUCGAGGUGUGGGACUUCUUAACACGCAGUGAUACAUACAUUCUAACUCAAAGUAUUUCUGGAAAAACUUUGACAGGCAUUGAACCUCAUACUCAGUAUUUACCAAAUAAUGUGGUGGGUGUGGCAGAUUAUAAUGGAAGUUAUAGACUUUUCUUCAUACCUUCACAAUAUCAAGAAAGUGAUGUUGCUUCUGAUAUUGAACAGAUGGAAAAGCUUGUUGAAAGAGAGGAAAAUCGACGGAAAUCAAUGGCCCAGUGGGAAGCAAGAUGGCGUGUAAAAAACGCUGCCGAAGCAAAAGAAAUGAGGGAACGGAAGGAAUUAGAACACAAAAAAGAAUUGGAAAUUCAAGAAAAGGAAAAAAAUGCCAUUGAUGAGCAAAGGAGAUUGGAAGAGUUGGAGUUAGAUCAAAUGCAGCGUAGUAGGAAACUUAUUGAACAGCUGAAACAGAACGAAACUCCCAAGCAUAUAGCAAAACUUGCUGCUAUGGAGCAGCGAUGGCAAGAGACUCGCCGCGCACAUAUGGUUCGAAUGCUACUGGAUAAGAAGAAACUUGAAAAGUCUGAAUUAGAGAGACGGAGGGGUCCAUUUGUAGCCGCUCAGGAAGCAAACCAUCUGAAAAAAUUGAAAAUUAGGCAGGUUUUACGCCAAGGAUCAGUAAUAUUCAGGGAGACUGUGAGAACUCUUUUCCCAGAGGUUUCAACGAUACCUAGCAGGAAACCCACUAAGCCAGAGGCCCUUGCUUCGCAACUAGAGGACAUGGAUGAAACUUUUGUACAAAGGUAUGAUGAGAUUGAGAAACUAGCACUAGAACAACUUCAGCCAACGUCAUUGGAGCAAACAUUUAAUUGGAAACGGACAGUUCAGGAAGGCCGUUCUCGAAGGGAAGUUCUAGACACAAGCCUUUUCCAUCAAACUGCGCGCCUCUCCAGAGCAGAAGAAAGACGUGAGUAUCGUCGCCUUCACCGAAAUUCUGAGAUGCAAAGGGAAGACGAGAAGAAACAAGCCAAAGCAAGAGCAAAAGUUGGAUUUGUUAGUUCAUCCACUUCUCUUCGCCGAGAUGGGAGUGAGGUAGAUAUUGCUGCAGGAGAUCCAGGAGCAAUGCGGCAAACGUCAGAGCUCAAUUUGGAAUAGUGAAUGAUAAGUUAAUCAAAUUUCAAAAACAGUAUGGGGAUUUAUAAGGUGGUCUUGCAAAGACAACAUUUGAUGUAGUGUAAUUAAGUUUGAGAUUGUCAUUGCUUUCCCUUAAACAUGUAUUUUCCAUCACUAAAUUUUUUUUAUGAAUUUUUAAAAAUAUAAAUCACUGUUAAUCAUUGUUGUAAAUAAAGGCAUGAUGUUUGUGUGUAAACUUUUCAAUGUUGGAGUCAAUUCAUUUGUGAAUUGGUUACUAAAACAAUAAAAGAGAAUGUUUAGAGGGUCGAAAAUAAAUUAAUUUUAAUUUAA